AUGCUGACGUUAUAUCUGCAAACGAGCGAUAAUCAAGCUUCCAUCAAGCAUUUUCUCGAACUAAAGAUGGAUGUCUUCUCAACAAUACCGACUGAGCUUGUUGCUGCAAUCUUGGCAGAUCUUCCCGAUCUCAAAAGUCUCUUUAACAUCGUUAGAGCUUCUCCGGGAGUCUCUCGGUUCCUCAGUAGUCCAUUGGGCGCCGCAAUUCUAGACGGACUACUUGAUUCAUGGAGUUUAAAGACCCCGUACGAAACUCUUACAAAUCAUAACAACAGCCAGAAAAGGCACGUUAUAAUAACGGAUCUAGAUGUUACGCCUUGGGUUCCCUAUAUCCUGCGUCUCAUAGCUUUCGUCAGGCAUUCCUCGAAGGAGAAUCAGCCAACAGAUGACCUCACAUCUUCCAUCCUUGAGCUUAUCGUACCCUCCAAAGUUUUGGACGGAAACCCAGCUAUUAGGACAACGCCACCACACUGUGUCCCAAAGAUUCGAUUGCAAGAAGUAUUAGGGGGUAAACGAGCCGUUUCGGCCCGUGAAAUGCUCUUUCUUAUUAGAAAACUGUUGGCAUUAUCGGGUGAAUGUUUUGAAUUUUUUCUCGAGCGUAUAAAAUCCACUAGUCCUCGUCACAUUGCUGAGAAGCCUUCCUUUCUCGACCAACGGCCUCGCUGGAGUCAUCUGCCUGACGUUCAGCCUUGGGGCCAACCUUAUGAGAUCGAUGCUGGAGACGAGGUUUCAUGGUAUGAGAUUCAGAGAAUCAUGCUCGGUUUCUGUACUCUUCAACUGCGCUAUGAAUUGAGCAAUGCUAUUUAUGAAGGCCGCCUCAACUGGCCGACAGACGACGUCAAGGCAAUACGUUAUAUGGGAAAAGCGGAGCCAUGCUUUCCAAUACUUGAAAAGUCAAACAUCCAUCUGAUAUUUGAGCCUGUGUGGGCAGCGGCGAUUUAUGUCGCGUUUUUGAAAGGGGUGCCUGACGACAGUUCCUGUGUGGGAGACACGCAUAUUGAGCACAAAAGAUUGGGAGUUUUCUUUGAUACUGGUUUCCAGCCCUUGAAAGAGGAACCCUUGCGAUUACCACGGCCGAAAAACGAUAAUCCAAGUUUAGAGUGGCCAGAGACGGUUGUUCGUCAGCCGAAAGCCUUUUACUCCGGCAAAUAUUUAUGUCUUCAUGAUGAGAUAGUCAUGUCUGGGAGUAAAGGCUGUCGUUGGGCCGCAGAUAUCUUGUGUCCUCCACGUGGCCGUCGAAUAUCUGAAGGGUUGUUGUUUCGCCCAUUCAGACGCUUGGGGUUUGGUAUUUGGGAUGACGAGCGUAUGGCACAGAUCCAAAUGAUAGAUGACCCUAACGCAGAAGGGGAUAUACCGAGACGGUUUCGUCUUUGGGGCGAGGACCAGGCUUUUACAUGGGUAAGUCUCUUGAGUGCUAAGGAGAAACAGGAGUUGCAGUCAUAUCAAAAGGCGUUAAGAUCAGAGAAAGAAGAGAAAUAA